CGGGUAUCCACAAGCAUGUGCAGCGUGUGAUGUCCUGGCAUGUUAAGCUGUGGAAUUGGGAGAUUGGCGAGCGGCCGCAGCACUCCAAUUGGUCAGUUGCCCGGGGAUUGGGUUGGUACUAGUAGCGUACACCAUUCUGAAUCGUAUGUACGGUCGAGGCCGUAAGGGCGGUGGCCGACGCGGGAGGUGGUCGAAUUGUGGGCGAUAUUGGUCGAACAUGAAUCCGUCAGGCAACUCGAACCAGCUGGGCAGCGGGGGACAGUACCCCGGUGGGAUGCCCGCCCAGCAGACAGGGCUGCCCCAGCAGCACCAGGCGCCGGCCGUGGCGCAUGUAUCGAUGAACGGUGGACAAGCCCCGGCGAUGGUGACGCCCGGCGUUGGGCCAGCAAUGUCUGGGGCAUAUAACCCGCCGCCGUGGGGUAUGCCGAUGUGGCCAGGUCCAUGGCAUGCGCCGGGACAGUGGGGGAUGCCACCCGCGUGUAUGCCAUCCGCUAGCAUGCCACCUGUUGUCAUGCAAACCAAUAUGCAACCAGCUCAGCUCCCGCUUCCUCCUCCCCCUCCUCCUCCUCCUCUAUCUCUUCCUACGCAAUUGCAAGUGCCUAGUAAUGACGCCAGACCGGCGAAUGCUGGUGGGAAAGGACCGUCUGCCAAUGCUUUCCCUGGCCCUGGGAAUAGGGCCUAUUUUACGAAAGAGUAUAUGGACAUAUUGGAAGACAUUAAGUCCAACAAGGUGCUUGAAGAUGCAAGGAAGAGGCUGGCGAGUGGUCGACGUGGCAACAUCCGAAUCCCUGAGAACACUGUGGAGAGCUGCAUCUCAGAGGAGAUGUGCAAGCAGCGGGAAGUGCAGUACUUCCAUAAAGAAAUGGGGGCCUGGGAACUUGCCCGAAUUAACCUCCAGGAGUAUGUCGACUCGCUGCAUGCAGACCCCCCAUCUGAGAAGGGGGAACCAUCCGGACGCAACGUCGGGUCAAGCCGUGGUGUGAAUGCUGCUGUAGCUGAAGUCUAUGUUGGCAAGACCACACGCACGUUAAAAGAACGGUGGGGUGAGCACCUUAGGGUUGUUAAGGGUAAUAACAAACAACAUGUGCACGUGUGGCUUCGCAAGACUGGGAUGGAGCAUUAUGCCCCGAUACCAAUCUGGUUUGGGGAUGCACCGGCUAUAGAUGGUAUGGAGAGUAAGAGCAGUCAUAAUCCUGGCUUAAACAUGAUCGGGCGGAAGAAGAAACAGAAGCCUCGUCUAUGUCGUACGAGGAAACGAGGGGCCGAUAGAGCUCCGCCAAAUGUUGUGUAUGAACCACUGUUUUUUUACUGCCCGGCGGUGGCUAUGCGGCAGGAACCGGACCUGCUCAAGAUUUUGAAAGCACUAGCUAAGCAGAAGGUAAAAGGGACGAAGCUAGUAUGCAAUAAUAGUGGGGCACGGUGGCUGAAAGCCUGGAGGCUGGUUCAGUUGUUGUUUGGCUUCACAAAGAUUGAGAAGCAGGGUGUGCGUAUGCUGUUGAAAGAUGCUAGAGCUACGAUUGAAAGUGGGGGUAGUUGGUCUAUUGUGGGUCUAUUCCAUACUAAGACCAAAACUGAACUCUUGAAAGCCGAGCGGACUGCUCUGUUAAGAGCGCCAUGGAAGCACCGCGAUUUGUUUUUACUAUCGUUGGUGGAGUUGAUCGAUUUGAACAACGGUGUUAAAUCGAUUAACCAGUGCAGGGGUCGGCAGAUCGUCCGUGGAAUAUUGACCAAUGUGUUCAAGAAGAAGUUUGGGAUCAACCCUUGUUUGAACAUUGUUAUAAAGAUCCCGUUCUGCACAACUAUUAACAAAUGUAAUGUUGAGCGCGUUGUGAAAUCUUGGAUUUUGGAGAGAAUUCGACCAAUUACGUUGGUUGAACUGUAUGCCAGAGUCUGGCUGAAAGCCAGGCUGAAAGUCAGGACCGUCGGCGAUAUCCUGCAUAACCAGAAAUCCUUCUCUCAGAUGGAGUCGUUCGACUGCUCCUGUGCGGGAUUUGACCUGCCAAAGAUGAAUGGGCACGUUGCGGUAAAGCUCAGUGAGAUUGAUCAUGUUAAGUCUUUCCUAUUCAACACAAAGAAUGUGUCGUUUCCUGGCAUCUUCAUGACGAAGGAUGCAUUAGGCAAGAGUUGUAAUGAGGCGGUGGAAGUCUUGACACAGUCACUUGGCAUAUCUGAGUAUGUCAAGAUAGACUGGCGCGACGUAUGCAGGCCAGGUGUUGGGAUGACCGAGGGCUGUGUGCGUAGUGAGUAUGUGUGUGGGGUAGCCCAGGCAUUUAAAGGGCUAGUCAUGUCGUCACUAGAUCGUAAUACUAGUGAGACAUGGUUGGUGUGCCCGAAACUGUAGGAAGCUGGCCUCAGGAUGAUGUUCCAAGAUAAUGAGAACUAUAUGACAGUAAACUGGCCAAAGGGAU